AUGUUCCACGAAACUUUCGUGGAAGAACAAGAUAAUGAUUCCAAACUAUGCCUUGAACUCUUAUCACCACGUUCUAGAGACGAAAUUCAAAUUAAUUAUACGCGAGAAACUCAGCUUCCGAUUCCAGAUAUCUCAAAACCGCCAGCACCCAUCGAUGCAUUCAAUAAUGCACUGGGUUAUCUUAAUAGAGUGAAAAAUCAACGCUUUCUCGAUAAUUUUCACUCCGAGGAAUUCGAGAGACUUUACUACAAUACACAAAAUUCUGCUUUAAAGCAGAUUUCAUCAAAAACUAUUCCGAAAUCGGAUGAUAACGAUGAGAUAAAACAAGAUCAAGAGAUAGCAUUUUGGCUUAACACUGACUCUUUUAAAGGAUAUGAAAGAGAAUUGCGUCGCUUACCGUACAAAGAGCAAUUAUAUCUCGUAAAAGCUGUCUCAAAGCUUGGUGACUGUGCAUUGCAACUUGCACAACAAAUUAAGCACGAAAAAAGUACAAAAAGGCGUUUUACAAUUAAUGACGAAAAGAAAACAAUGAAAUUUUUCGUCGAGCAUAUUCAGGAAGCUGCUAAUGCAAUCAUCAAGCAAGAUCUUGAGGAGGACCGUUUCGACAACUCAAAAUUACCUGAUAACCUCAAGAAAUUAUACAGAAUUAAGCCUGAAAAGAAGAUUGAAGUUGUCAAAGAACCAAUUGAGAUCAAAAAGAAAGAUACUGACUUAGAAAAAAUAGUUACGGAGAACUUAAAUACAGCAACUAAAGAUUUGCCAGCGAUGUAUAAAAUUAAUCCUCAUUAUGGAUUUAGCCAAGACUCAUUGGACAAAAUACUUGGUGAUACAAAUAAAAAUGUAUCGGAGUUAUUCAAGUUCGCCAUAGAGAACCAGAAACUGAUUCUUCCACCACCAGAAGUCAAAGAAAUCAAAGAAGAAAAAGAAGAAAUCGUCCAAAAGCACGCAAAUACGACAAGAGUCAUUGUGAACCCCAACAGAAAGAGACAAAUUGUUGAGAUAAAGAAGGAAAUACCACAAACCAAAUCAUUAACAAAAGAACAAAUGAUCAAUAAUUAUUGGGACCAGAAUGACCCAUUAGAAACAAGAACAUCUCGUCAGAAAAUACUUGAUGACUUGAAAUUCAUUGGAAAUGACUUGAAUUUCAAUCAUGUUUCAGCAAAAUUUUCAAGAAGAGAAAUUUGUUUCCCUUUCAAGCCAGAAGAGAUCGACGAAAUCAGUGAUAGCCUUGGGAAACAAAUACCUCUUGCCGCACAAAUUACUGGUACUGGAGAAUGGAAUGAUUCAGAAUUAUUAUUAACUCAAAUUCAACAAGACGCAGUAAAUAAGUCACAACAAAUCGAACGUGAAUCAUAUAGUAUGCAUGAUUUCCAAGAGGAAGAAGAAAAUAAUCCUCCAACCGUAAAAAUUUUGCCAAAACCAAUAGAAUCGAACAACGAAGAUGUAAUGAAGAUCCUCAAAAGUUAUAAGCCAGGAACUUCAUCAAUAGAUAUACGUAGUGAAAACAUUUUCCUAAGAUUAUCAAAAAUUUGGAAUGAGCUUGGAUUUUCUAUUAAAGAUAGAUUGGGAUUAUCCGCAAAAUACUCUCAAUCCACUGAAGAAACUUCAAAACUCUCUGACGCAAUGGGAGCUUGGGAAAUUUGUUUCGAAAAAGCCAAAUAUUACAACAAAUACUACAGAGACAUUAAAGAUUACUUGGCCUUUGAUGCUUUCAAAUACAAUAAAUACAGUCCUGUUCUUGUUAAUCUUGAACAAGAAUACUCAAAAUCAGAAUACCUUUUAAUCGACGCAGGCAAUCGAUUGAAAGACGUCUACCAAGACAAAUUAAUAGUUAAUGGAAGAGAUUAUAUCGAUCUCAUUAACUUAAGACGCCUAAAACUCAAAAAGAAAUUGGAACUUUCGGAUCUUCCAAUUCCAGACUUCUUAUUAGAAGAUGCAAUGAAUCUUUUGAAAUAA